GCCAGGCGGGUCCCGCAUGGCCGCGGUGCAGGAGCGUGUGGCUGCGCUGGCCGCCGAGGUGAGGGAGCUGAAGGCGCGCUUGGGCGAGGAGGGCGUCCUUCCCGACGCGAUCAACCAGCACGAGCAGGUGCUGGCAGCGGUCGGGGCCCUGAGGGCGGCGAAGGCCCAGCUGGACGGCGACGACCCCGCCACGGACGCGGCCUUCUUCGCCCGCCAGCGGGCCGAGAAGGCCGCCGCGCGGCAGCGCGAGCAGGCGGCGGCGAGCGAGCAGCGGGCGGAGCUGCAGGCAGCUGAGGUGCGCGCCCCGCGGCCCCUGACUCAGAGGAAGAUCUUCCACCUCUUCCGCUACGUGGGCAGCGGCGCCAGCUUCCGGUACGAGCCACCGCCGAGGCUCAACGCCGAGCAGACGGGCUUCGGGUCUGGAGGUGUGCCGUACCCUGCCGUCUACGUCACCGAGAAGUGGGACGGCACGACGAUGCAGGCCACCUCCAGCCACAUCUUCAAGCGGCUCGACCUGUGGGGGAAGCGGCGGGACGGCCAGGACCCUUCGCAGCGCUACGACCUGCGGCUCCUGGCCUGGAGGGACGAGGGCACACACGGCGAGUGGCGCGGGCUCGAGUUCCUCGACGCGGACUUUCGGGUUGCCGAGGCGCUCCGGCCGCACCUCGCCUCGCUCGCUGCGUUGCCCGCGGGACUCUGCGCCUAUUUCGAGGUGGUCCACACGGAGAUAAACGCGACCUUCCGGCAUUUGGCUGGCUACGCCGACACCUCGGAGGUUGCCAGAGGUGCCCUUGCUCCAAUCAGGCACGCCUAG